CAUCUCCCUCCCGGGCCCUCGCCCCUCUCCCCUCGCCCCCGGAUCCCAUUCUCCCCCUGCCCAUCCUCCAGCCAGCCAGUCAUCCAUCCAGCCGCACGCAAUUCCAUGGACCGGGAUCUUGGGUGGCACUGACUGGAGGCUACCCAGGGAUGAGAAAUUGCAAAAUGGUCCGGGUCGCCAGCGUGCUGGGGCUGGUCAUGCUCAGCGUCGCCCUGCUGAUUUUAUCCCUGAUCAGUUACGUGUCCCUGAAAAAGGAUAAUAUCUUCACCACUCCCAAGUACGCCAGCGCGGGGGUGCCUAGGAUGUAUAUGUUCCAUACGGGAUUUAGGCCGCAGUUCGCACUGAAGUUUCUGGACCCUUCGUUUGUGCCCAUCACAAAUUCUCUGACCCAGGAACUCCAAGACAAACCUUCCAAAUGGACUUUUAACAGGACAGCAUUUCUACAUCAAAGGCAAGAAAUUCUUCAGCAUGUCGAUGUAAUAAAAAAUUUUUCUUUGACCAAGAAUAGUGUUCGGAUUGGACAACUGAUGCACUAUGAUUAUUCCAGCCAUAAAUAUGUUUUCUCUAUUAGCAAUAACUUCCGGUCACUGCUUCCAGAUGUAUCACCUAUUGUGAAUAAGCAUUAUAAUAUCUGUGCCGUGGUCGGAAAUAGUGGGAUCCUUACAGGGAGUCAGUGUGGACAAGAAAUAGAUAAAUCCGAUUUUGUUUUUCGUUGCAAUUUUGCUCCCACUGAGGCUUUCCAAAAGGAUGUUGGAAGGAAAACCAACCUUACCACCUUCAACCCCAGCAUCCUGGAAAAGUAUUACAACAAUCUUUUGACCAUUCAGGACCGUAACAACUUUUUCCUCAGUUUGAAAAAGCUCGAUGGGGCCAUUCUCUGGAUCCCUGCUUUUUUCUUCCACACUUCAACAACUGUAACCAGGACCUUAGUUGACUUUUUUGUUGAGCACAGAGGGCAGUUAAAGGUCCAGUUGGCUUGGCCUGGAAAUAUAAUGCAACACGUCAACAGGUACUGGAAAAACAAGCAUUUAUCACCUAAACGGCUGAGCACAGGUAUUCUAAUGUACACCCUUGCUUCUGCAAUAUGCGAAGAGAUUCACUUGUAUGGAUUUUGGCCAUUUGGAUUUGAUCCCAACACAAGGGAAGACCUGCCGUACCAUUACUAUGACAAAAAAGGAACAAAAUUUACAACCAAGUGGCAGGAGUCCCAUCAGCUGCCUGCAGAGUUUCAGCUGCUCUACAAAAUGCACGGGGAAGGACUUAUUAAACUGACUUUGUCACAUUGUGCCUAAGAACUUCAAACUUGAAGUGCCAAAUGAUUGUUAAAAGUGCCCAAAACCAAAUUGAAUAUCCUUCAAAAAUAUAUCCCUAAAAUGUUUACUAAAGUAUUUUCCACAGUAUAAAGAUGCUCUUUUAUCACCCUUCCCACUGCUUUUCAAGGGUUUUCAGCAUAUUUAGCAAUGCAGAAAUGUUUAGCCAACAAGAGCUAGACUUUUUGAGCAGCAAGAAACUUUGUGAGUAAUGAAAAGAAUGUUUGCAUUUAUAGAUAUACUCCUUCUAGAAAAUAUGCUUUAAAAUAUUUUCACAUUAAUUUUCAUACUAGAUUAAAUG